AUGAAUGAAAUUGAAAUUGCUGGUAUAUUACAUGUACAAUACCGGGGACUGCAGUCUUACAUUGUAUCAUUCUAUAUCAAAAUGGCCACAGUGGUCCAAAAUCCUCUGAAAUCGCAAUCAAGUGGAACUGUCAUAAAGAACAGCCUUGGUGAGGAGUUUUACCGUGAGGCCAUCGAGCACUGCCGCAGUUAUAAUGCUCGACUUUGUGCUGAACGCUCCAUGCGCCUGCCAUUUCUUGACUCCCAAACAGGCGUAGCACAGAGUAACUGCUACAUAUGGAUGGAGAAGACCCAUCGUGGGCCAGGUGUGGCUCCAGGGCAGCUCUAUACCUAUCCUGCACGCUGCUGGAGAAAGAAGAGACGGUUAAACAUCUUAGAGGAUCCACGUCUUGGACCCAUCGAGUUUAAAAUCGACUAUGAAGCAGCACUAAAGAAGGAAGGGGGUGUUCCUGAGGGACCCGUUCUGGAGUCACUCCUCAGCGGAGAACUCCUGGAUAAGAAGGUUGAAACAAAGGAGGAGGAACCCAUGAGUGAAUGUCAGAAGCUGCUGGUGGGAGAUUUUCCUCACGAGCUGGACAUGGAUGAGAUGGAGGAGGAUGUUCCCAAACGCAAGAAUCGCACCAAAGGACGGGCAUGUGGUGUUGGGGGGAUGAGAAAGAGACAGGAUCCAGCAUCCCUAGAGGAUCGAGACAAGCCAUAUGUGUGUGACAUUUGUGGGAAGCGCUACAAGAACCGUCCAGGUUUGAGUUACCAUUACACUCACACACACCUGGCAGACGAAGAGGGUGAGGAAGACUCCGAACGGCACACACUGCCCUUCCAGCGCAAGAACAACCACAAACCCAAAAAAGCAGCCGAUGGUUCUGUCAUCCCAAACGGCUACUGUGACUUCUGUCUUGGAGGCUCUAAGAAAACAGGCUGUCCUGAAGAUCUAAUUUCCUGUGCGGACUGUGGCCGAUCAGGUCAUCCGUCAUGCCUGCAGUUCACGGUCAACAUGACGGCGGCGGUGAGGACCUACCGCUGGCAGUGCAUCGAGUGCAAAUCCUGCAGCCUGUGUGGAACAUCAGAGAACGAUGAUCAGCUUUUAUUCUGUGAUGAUUGUGACAGAGGGUAUCACAUGUAUUGUCUAAGCCCCCCUAUGUCGGAGCCUCCGGAGGGGAGCUGGAGUUGCCAUCUGUGUCUGCGCCAGCUAAAGGAAAAAGCGUCCGCCUACAUCACUCUAACCUAAUCUCCGUGCCCUACUUCACCCUAGCAGUCUCAUCCUACUCUAUCCCAUCAUCACAGAUCCAAAGAGACUCCCCCAGCAUCCACCAGAAGAGAACAUGCUUCAUCUGCCCUUUGCCUGAAUGAUGACUGCAAGGAAAACGCAGGGUGCGAUUAACAUUUUUGCAAGCAGACCUUUUUCUCAACAGUCCCUCCAAAGAGUUCUUUCCCUCGUGGAUCAGAGCGGUCUUCUUCUUGUUUGACUCCAUCUUAUGGUGGUUAAAAAAGUAGUGCCAAACGGUUUGUCGUUCAGAAGACAUUUUGCACGAGUCUGAGGGGGGCGUGUCAGUGGGAGGAGUCUCUGUGACAUCAUUACAUGACGCAUCUACUGCAAAAGAGACGAGUACCACAUGAUCUCACCGCAGCUCUCGGUUGGUUUAGCUCUGGUGAGAGAUGGUAUCAGCGCGCCAUUGAUUCUUAGCGGUAUAUUCUUCAGGAGCAGACACCAGCACGUAAUGAGAUCAUGUUUAGUCAUUCAAUUUGGCCUUAUUCUAGCUUUAAUUAGACUUCUGUUGUAGAGAUGAAUGAAUACUUCAAUAAUUAAUAUGCCUUGAAGGUACAACUUUUGGUUCUUGCAACACAUCACAGUACAUUUAAAAAAAAAAAGUGAUAUAUCAUUAACAUAGUUUGCGUUUAAAGGAAUAUUCCUGGAUUUGAUACAAGUUAAUCAACUACUUUUGUCGAAUAAUGUUGAUUACCACAAUACUGGUCCCUUAUUUUACUUCAAAAUCUGAAAGUCAUAGUUAGAGUGAGUUAGAGGUUGGGAUCUAUAAGACUCAAUGCAAUCUUAUAUAUAUAGAUAAUUAUGACUUAAUAAUGUCUUUAUUUUCUCAGACUUUCGAGUUUGUAUCUCACAGUUCUGACUCAUAUCUGUCCCACAAUUCUGACACAAAAAAAGGUUGAAUUGUGUGUUGUUUUAAAAACGUUUUAUUCCAUGAUGGAAAUAAGAUUCCAUAAAUAUAAACAUUUUUCUGCACACACUCAAUCUUAGCAAUCAAAACGCUAAAUAACAUCGCAUUAUUAUUUUGUGGCAGAAAUAAGCUUUCUUAAAUAUGUGCGUAAAAAAACAACAACAACUAUUUACAGGUGAAUGGCUGGAUAUUCUCAGUGUUUUUAUGUUUUAUGUGACAAUUCCAUCGCCUGCUGCUACAAUUGCAACAAGUUGUUAACAUACAACACACACAAGUCUGGCACUUGAGAUCUGAGAGCGCUGUGUGUGUGGGAAUUGAAAAAAAAUAGGCUAUGACACUGGAACGAGAAAAUCUGCAUAGACGUCUAACUGCGGGCUUUUGCGUACUCGAGUGGGACAAAACGAGAAGUUGUAGGCGUUAACGGGACAAAAUAUAACAUAUUUCUGUGGGAGCAGGAUUGAACAAUCCAUCCCACCCAGACCUCUACAGUUCACAAGCACUAAAUUUCGUCACUCAAAAUGAAUCUACUUGAUUUCAGAUUAUGGAAGAUCUGUUUAUAUGAAGCCUAAAUGCUUAAAUCCGGUUGACAUAUUUGUUUACAUGUGCUUUAUAUAUAUUCCAAUCAAAAAUUCUGCACAUGUGUGAGGCCCAGUUGCUGCGUAUGAGAAAGCCACUGGCUUUAUGUUAUUUCAGUACGAAAUUUCAUUCGGUUCGAUUGAUGGAGUUGUUUACAUGAAGGCUUUUUAGUCUGAUUGAGUCAUCAGUCAUCAGUCAGUUUUUAACUGGAUUACUUGAGUACAUUUAAACAUAGUGAGGCACUUACAAUGGCCAAAUUGUGUUAAAAUACUAAAAACAGUUUAUGAAGUAUAGCCAGAAGACACAAACAGUAUGUGUUAACAUGACUUCAGUGUGAAAAACACUUACUGACCUUUUCUGUGAAGUUAUGUCCAAUUUUGUAACUUUGUUACCAUGACUACAUCAUCCUAAAAAAACAUAAAAAAGAUGAGAACAACAGUUUUAACACACAUUUUAUCU